AUGCCACUGAGCUUUUCCUAUCAUCUCCCACGCUUGAUGCGACCAGUCCCCGGCCUUUCUCCCCCCCGGCACUUCUCCUGCUCCCCGUCCGCCAAUCCGCCGCCCUACUCCCCCGCCCCCCUUCCCCACCUCCCCGUCUGGCGCAUGUACACGGGGAUAACGCGGGGCAUGCCCGCACGCUCGUUCUUUGAGUCGACUCAAAGCUCCCCUCCACCCAUUCCCCCGCCCCACCCCCGCAGGCGCAUGUACACGGUGGUAUCGCUGGGCACGCCCGCGCGCACGUUCGCGGUGAACGUGGACACGAGCACGAGCCUGUCGUGGGUCUCCUGCGACUGCCUGCAGUGCCCCUCCUCCUCCACCAUCGUCACCGUGCGUUGCCUUGCUCCCUCCCUCCCUCUCUCCCUCCCUUCCUCCCUCGCUCUUUCUCUCCCUCCCUUCCGUGCUUUCCGUUCCCGCUUCUUUGUUCCCGCGUCUCCAAACCUUUUUUCUCCCUUGGCCAACCCGCCCCCACUCCUUUCCCCGUCCCUCCCCCCGGCCUCGUUCUUCUUCUCCUCCUCCGCCGCCCGCCCUCGUUUCAUCCGUCGUCGCUCGCUCACGGAGUUCGCAACAGCAGCAUCCACCACAGCCAAGCCGUCGCUCACGGAGUUCUCAACAGCAGCAUCCACGACAGCCAAGGCAGUGGGGUGCAAGGACGCGGCGUGCAAGCAGGCGCCCGUGUUUGGGUGCGACCAGCUGGCGGAGGGGGACGGCGGCAGGAAGGGAGUGUGCGAGUACUCGCUUGCCACCAACGGCACGCUUGUUUCCGAUAGCAUUGCGCUCGCUGCCGCUGAUGGGAGCAGCACCAGCGCCACGGCGUCCGUCAUGUUUGGCUGCGCGAGAGUGCGACCAGUGGAGGAUCUAGACGACCCGGUGGCGGUGGAUGGGGUGCUGGGCCUCGGAGCCAGGAGCUACUCCGUGCUCAACCAGCUGGCGGCAGCAGCGGUGGUGCCGCCUGCGUUUGCGCUGUGCUUCGACUCAACGAGCAACUCAGGGUUCCUGUCGCUGGGCGCACCGCUGCUGCCGCCCAAUGUCACCACCACGGACUACGUGGGGUUCGACAACGACACGCGCUACUUCCUGCCUCUCACACAGAUCCGAGUGGGGCAGACAGCAGUGAAGGGUAGUGCAGCAGUGGCGAAGCUGAACGCGGACCUCACAGGCGGGUUCACCGUCAAGAGCAGCUACCUCUCCUCGGGCCUGCGGUCCGCUGUGCACGCUGACCUGGUCAAACUGGUGUUUGCCAACUCCUCUCUGCGCCGGGCCGACAUGGACGUCUAUUCAUGCGUGCACCUCACCGUCUUUGAGGCGCAGGACAUGGUGUUCCCCUCCAUAUUCCUGGACGUCAAGGAGGGGUCGGUGGAGAUUACACCGAACAACUACCUCAUCAAAUACGGCGAGGACAGCACGGGCAUGAUCCUGUGUCUGUCGGCCAUUGUGGUGGAUGAUGACCUCUCCAACGGCUUCAUUGGGGCCCUGUGGAUGCGGGACCUCUAUCUGCGCUUUGACCUCGCCAAGAAGAAGCUUGCCUUCCGACCCCUCAACUGCUCCGCGGGUGAAUAUUUCACGUCCAUCCCAGCUCCACCUCCCCCAGCACCACCCGCACCCGCUGCAGCACCGCCCUCACCACAGCCAGUCACGCCUCCCUUUGGCGGCAACGGCAACGGCAGUUUGCCGGCUGUGGAUUCAGACAAGGGCAACGGGGUGAUUUCCAGUGACCUGCCGGUGGCGCUUCAGAACAAUGCGACUUCUUCGGCUGGUGCCGGGGGGAAAGCAG